AUGGCCUCUGCACAUCCUCCGUCUUCGACAAGGCGGACCCGCGAUGGGCCUCGCCCGGAGGUAGCCAUCGGCCCCUACACGAGGCUGGACGAGAUUGGCCGCGGCAGUUUUGCGACCGUCUAUCAAGGCAUGCACUCGCGGCAUCGCUCCUACGUCGCUAUCAAAUCCGUUAACCUGUCCAAGCUCAACAAGAAACUCAAGGAGAACCUCUGCUCCGAAAUCGAUAUCCUCAAAGGCCUCCACCACCCACACAUCGUUGCUCUGAUUGACUGUCAUGAGUCCUCCGCACACAUCCAUCUGGUCAUGGAGUACUGCGCGCUCGGAGACCUCUCUCUCUUCAUCAAGAGGCGAGAUACGCUCCGUGACCAUCGCUAUACUAGGGACAUGAUCAUAAAAUACCCCAACCCGAAUGUGGGCGCUCUAAACGAGGUCGUCGUCCGCCAUUUCCUCAAACAACUCUCGAGCGCUCUCAAAUUCCUCCGAGAUCGCAACCUGAUCCACCGCGACAUCAAACCCCAGAAUCUCCUCCUGUGCCCGUCGCCUAUUUCCUACCGCAACGGAGUCGCCCAGGUUGUCCCCUUUAAAGGCAGCGAUGACUCGUUCACGCCUCUGGCAGGUCUCCAGACACUGCCAAUGCUCAAAAUAGCCGAUUUUGGCUUCGCCCGUUCUCUGCCGUCAACCUCCCUCGCCGAAACCCUUUGUGGCUCACCUCUAUAUAUGGCUCCUGAAAUCCUACGGUAUGAAAAGUACGACGCCAAGGCUGACCUCUGGUCAGUUGGGACCGUGCUAUACGAGAUGGUUGUUGGCAAGCCUCCCUUCCGGGCGUCCAACCAUGUUGAGCUACUUCGCAAGAUUGAACGGCAAGAGGAUAACAUUCGUUUCCCGGAAGAUAUGGAAGCAUCCCAGGCAAUCAAGUCUCUCAUCCGUGGACUUUUGAAAAGAAACCCCAUCGAGCGGAUGAGCUUUACCGACUUUUUUGAAAACAUAGUAAUCCAAGAGGACAUCCCCGGCUUGGUUGGGGAUGAUCUAGCGUCGGCUCGACGUCGUUCCUCUGUCGAGCUGUCAGGCAGCCCACAUCACGACAUGCAAGAUACCAGGCCGCGACAACCUCGCGACCAACGGUCGUUGGAGGAUAUCAAAGAGCCUACUCCUGCUGCCGCACGCUCACCCAUCUCUACACCACCCCAGCAACACGGCAGUCCUCGGGCUGCCUUGGGUACUUCACCUAGAUCAGAAGCCAUGCAGCGGACUGCAAGCGGUGAUAAAGUAUCCCGCACGAGCGAUCUACAACGAGCUGCAGUUACCGGCCGACGGCCUGCUCCAGUUUCACAUACAACUUCCCCUCUACCAAACCAAGUAGCAGUCGAAAGACGGCCAAGUCGAACCUCACCACUAUCAUCGCCAGUGAUUGAGCAGGAAGAACGAAUUGUCAAAGACGAGCGUGAGCGUGCUGCGCAGGACGUGGCCUUUGAGCGCGACUAUGUCCUUGUUGAAAAGAAGGCUGUUGAGGUCAAUGCUUUUGCAGACGAGCUGGCUAAUAGCCCUCGCAUCCAUUCCGGCAAUGGACAGGCUGUGUCUCGUCAAUCCGGUGGUGUUGUGCGGCGCGCAACGGUGCAGAAUGUCCCUUUGGCCAACAUUUCGGCGUCACCCAAUGCCGUACAAAUAUCCGGACGCGCCCGCGCUGAUUCCCAUACUCGCCAAGGUUCAUACGAACGUCGCUAUGGACAGAGUCCCACAUCGGCAACGUCGGCAAUUUCGAAAGCACUCAACAUGGCAAGUGGGCGGCUAUUUGGUGUUGGGUUCUCGCCUCCAGUGGGAUUGAGCAAGGGAGGACGAUCUCCUCCUAUGGCGUACAAUCCUUUCCCUACAUAUCCGACGGCCCAGCAAAGUCUCUUGCUGACGGGUGACGGCGGAAAAGCAAAUGCUGCUACCUUGGACGAGGAUACGCGGACGGUCCAGUUCAUUGAGGAGUGCGCUACUCGAAGCGAUGUCGUUUAUGGGUUUGCCGAGGUCAAAUAUAAGCAACUCAUUCCGCUCGCCCCGUCUAUGCAGACCGAUAACCCGGGACAGCUGGGAGAUCAAGUGUUUCCAGAUUCUGACGACGGCGAGUUAACCCCAGAUGCCAUCGUUACGCUAUCUGAAGAAGCUCUCGUGCUGUAUGUAAAAGCACUAGCGCUCCUCGCCAAAUCAAUGGACAUUGCUGGAGCUUGGUGGACACGCAAAAACCGGGGCGACAUCUUUAGUGAAGCUAGUCAAGGCAUGCCCGCCACCAAUGCAUUGGUAGGCACUCGAAUCAACGGCGUGGUGCAAUGGGUCCGCAACCGCUUCAAUGAAGUUUUGGAAAAGGCCGAAUUUGUUCGCCUUAAAUUGAUUGAAGGUCAGAAGCAGCUCUCGCCUGACCAUCCGAGUCACCCGGAUAACCAUUCAGUCGGAUCUGUCUCUGCGGGUGCUUUGGGUACCUCGGUAGACAACGUUAUUGUGAGCUCAGGGGUCACGGCGGAGAAGCUGAUGUACGACCGCGCUCUGGAAAUGAGCAGAGCGGCCGCGAUCAACGAGCUUACCGGAGACGACCACUCCGGCUGUGAGAUUGCCUAUGUUACGGCAAUCCGCAUGCUCGAGGCAGUUUUGGAGAAUGACGAACUACCUCGGAGUGAGAAGAGCGGCGACAAGGCUGGCGAUACGGAUAAGAUUGUCCUCGAUGGCGUUCAAGUGGAGGAUCGCAAGGUGGUUGUCAAGCUGGUGGCGAGCAUUCGGGCCCGUUUGUCGUCUCUCCGCAAGAAAAAGGCGGCGAUGAGCAAACGCAAGUCUGCGCCUGUGGGCACGUCUCCAGGCAAAACGACACCUACGAAUAAUCGACCCAGCUCACCAGCAAUCGCUUAUCCGGUUACAGGCAUUAGCCCGCCACGGUGA